GAGGCUCAUCUGUGUCCACUCACCAUGAAGAUCCUCCUGGUCUUCUCCACCCUGGUGGCAGCCAACUGCAGCGAGCAGCUUUUUGUGGGGGACCAGGUUCUCCGCAUCAUGGCCAGCAACCAGGAGCAGCUCACCCUGCUCAGGGUGCUGGGCGAGCAGGAGGAGCUGCAGGUUGACUUCUGGCGUUACCCCACCAGCCCCGGCCACCCAACCGACCUGAGGGUGCCCUUCUCCAGCCUCCAAGCAGUCAAAAUCUUCUUGGAGGCCAAUGGAAUCUCCUACAGGAUCAUGAUCAAGGACGUGCAGGAAUUACUGGAUGAGGAAAAGAAAAACAUGACUAAGCCCAGGAGGACAGAGAGAAGCACCAGCACCUUUGAUUUUGCCUCCUACCACACGAUGGAGGAGAUCUACAACUGGAUGGACAUGCUGGUGAGGGAUCAUCCCAGCCUGGUGAGCAAGCUCCAGAUCGGGCAGAGCUACGAGAACAGACCCUUGUACGUGCUGAAGUUCAGCACUGGGGGAUCCAACCGCCCGGCCAUCUGGCUGGACACCGGGAUCCACUCGCGGGAGUGGGUCACCCAGGCCACUGGCAUCUGGACGGCCAACAAGAUUGCUGAGGAGUACGGCCGGGACCCCUCUGUCACAGCCAUCCUGGACAGCAUGGACAUCUUCUUUGAGAUCAUUGCCAACCCUGAUGGCUUUGCCUUCACCCACAGCUCCAACCGGUUGUGGCGCAAGACGAGGUCCCUCAACGCCGGCUCCCGCUGCGUCGGCGUCGACCCCAACCGGAACUGGGACGCGGGCUUUGGAGGCUCUGGCUCCAGCGGCGACCCCUGCUCUGAGAUCUACCGUGGUCCUCAUGCCCACUCUGAGAGGGAGGUGAAAGCCAUCGUGGACUUCAUCCUUUCCCAUGGGAAUGUGAAAUCGGUCAUCUCCAUCCACAGCUACUCCCAGAUGCUCCUCUUCCCCUAUGGCUACAAGACAACACCUGCAACCCACUACCAGGAACUGAAUGAACUGGCCGAAAAGGCAGUGAGCGACUUGGCCGCCGUGUACGGGACGAAAUACACCCACGGCAGCGUGGUGGACACCAUCUACCCGGCAGAUGGCACCGCCACCGACUGGGCCUACGACAACGGGGUGAAAUAUUCCUUCACCUUCGAGCUGAGGGACACGGGGCGCUACGGGUUCCUCCUGCCCAGCAACCAGAUCAUCCCCACCGCUACCGAGACCUGGCCGGCGCUGUUGGACAUCAUGGUCCACGUCUUGGAGCACCCGUACUGA